GACGAGUAGAAGCAUCAGUGGAGGAGGACAGAGCGGACCUGAACGCUGCCACCGUCUCUGAACGAACGCUGCUUCGUCCAACUCAUGGGUCCUCGCCUUUGAAUUGUUCCUGCUGGACUGGAAAACAAAGAUGGAGAACAACACCACCGUUUUCCAGGAUGUCGCUCGGCUGGUGAAUCUGACUGCGAUGCCCCUGAACUCUGUCGAAGAACAAGUCAUAACCAUAUUGUUGACGACGCUAAUUUGUGGCGUCGGGAUCGCGGGGAACGUCAUGGUCGUGCUCGUCGUCCUGCGCACCAAACACAUGGUGACGCCAACGAACUGCUACCUGGUCAGCUUGGCCGUCGCUGAUCUUAUUGUGCUCCUGGCUGCAGGCCUGCCCAACAUCUCAGAUGUGGUGGCUUUCUGGAUUUAUGGCUACACAGGGUGCCUGUGCAUAACGUACCUUCAGUAUCUGGGCAUCAACGUGUCCUCGUGCUCCAUCACGGCGUUCACCAUCGAACGCUACAUCGCAAUCUGUCACUCCAUAAAGGCCCAGUUCUUAUGCACGGUCUCCAGAGCCAAAAGAAUCAUAGCUGGAAUCUGGAUCUUCACUUCCCUCUACUGCACCAUGUGGUUCUUCUUGGCAGACACUAAGGAAACCGUUUACACCAACGGGGUGGUUGUUACGUGCGCCUACCGCGUCUCCAGGAGCUUCUACAUGCCCAUCUACUUCCUGGACUUCACUCUUUUCUAUGUGGUCCCUCUAACUGUAGCCAGUGUGCUGUACGGGCUCAUCGCCAGGAUUUUGUUCAUGAGUCCUCUGCCGUCACAUCUGAGCGACCGAGCAGGAGGAGGGUCGGUUCAUCAGGGCCACUCCCACAGCACCAACAAGCCCAACAAGGGAGCGAUUGCUGCAAGAAAGCAGAUAACGAAGAUGCUGGCCGUGGUGGUGAUCCUCUUCGCGCUGCUGUGGAUGCCUUACAGAACCCUGGUGGUGGUCAACUCCUUCAUCAACCCUCCGUACCACGACACCUGGUUCCUCCUCUUCUGCCGGAUGUGCAUCUACACCAACAGCGCCAUCAACCCCAUUGUCUACAACCUCAUGUCUCAGAAGUUCCGCGUCGCGUUUAAAAAGCUGUGCAGGUGCAGCCGCCACGGCAGGGAGGCCGAGUACAACGUGGCGAUUUAUUACAGCGUGAUGAAGAGUUCUUCCCAUGGCAGCAACGAACCGGUCACAGAGCAGGAGGAGCUCAGCGCUCAAAAGUCCAGCAGGUUCAACGUGACGGAGGAUGACGCCAGCGCGCUCAGUGCAUGAAACGUUGUUCAUACUCCUUGUUUACGUUUAGGUUUCCGGUUAUUUCUAUGGGUAAAAAGAUGUGUGGAUACUCUUGAUGAACUCUGUAGUGCUUAUGUGUGGAUUUGUGUGUUUUGCAUUUCUCAGCAGUGUAUUUAUUUUAAUAUUCCGUUUUAUACUGUAAAUAUGAAGCACGACAAGCUUCGGUGUUUGUAAGGUCGCGCAGUAUAAAAUUAACAGCAAUAUUUAGGUUUAUCAAAUCUGUCUUAGAAAAAGAAUUAAAAUUUUUCAAAGUCAUGUUAUUCAUACAUUUAUAAAUAUCAGAGAAGAGUUCCAGACUAAAUCUUUAAUUCACAAGCUAAAUAUUUAGUUUGCAAAUUAAAUAUUUAGUUGGAACUCUAAGUAUAUAGUUCACAUAUAUUUAAACUUCUGAACUAAAUGUUUAAGUCCGAGCUUAAUGUGGGGUUUUAGGAAAUAUGACACAGCCACUUUAGAGUUUUAAUCGUUGACAUAAAACUCCAAUUGAAUCAUUUUGAUCCCCUCUUUGGAGAAUAAAUCAUUAAAAAAGCUCCAGACGUGUUAAAUUUGCAGAGUUAUGUUGCUGCUGGUGGUUUUCUUGCUAAUUAACAGCUAAAGUAUCAUUUUAUUCAACCCAACAGUUAUUAAGUUACAGUUUUGUCACCAUUACUCAAUGUUUUUUAAAGGAAAUGUCAGCUAUGUUAGUUUGUUUCAAAUCAAGUCCCAUUCACUAUCACCAAAUUAUAAUCCUCUGUAAGUGAGUUUAGGAAUAAUUUAAGAACUUUCAUGAUUAUAGCAACUCUUUAUUAACAACAUUAUGAUUCAUAAUGCCCACGGCUUCAGCUCUACAAAAUGAAUGCACAGCAAAAUGGAUGUGAGAGUGCUCUAAUUGGCUUAUUUUGAUAAAUGAGGCCACAACGAGAGUCUCAGUCUGAGGGGAAUCGGAUUUUGGCACCAGACGGGCUUAUUAGUUAGCAGAUCGAACAUGUAGCCAGUUUCAAAGUUUUUAAGUUUACGUUUAUGAGCUAUUUCAUUGUUUAUCAUUGGUUAUGUGGUUUAGUUUCCCCAAUUUAUAUAAUUUCUCUGCUGGCUUUAAGCUCCCAGAUUGUCUUGAUUCCUAAAGACAUUUUUUUUAAAAUGCAUUUUCUGUUUAUUUGAUCAUUUGGCCUGUGUUUGGCCUUACUUAUUCCUUGUUUUGAUUUAAAUCAAUCUUUGUUUUUGCCUUACUUUAAAUCAGUCGGUUAGUAGUUGCUUCUCUGGUUAGAUCAUGUUUGUUUAUUUCUUGUGUUUAGUUAUCUUCAUCCCUUUUAGUUUUAUGUUCUGCCUGUUCCCCAGUUUUGCUCCUGUGUGCAAUUUCUCUCUCUCUUUCUCUCUCUCUCUCUCUCUCUCUCCCUCAGUCUGCCUUCUGCUCUCUCCCCACAGCUGCACCCUGUUUUCUAACUAGCAUUCAUCCCAUCGUCUAGCAAUCAAAUUAACUCCCCUGCUGGAUUCUCCUGUUUGUUCAUGUUGCUCCUUGAUUAAUGGUUUGUUGAUCAUCCUGUUUGCCUUCUCACAUUUUUGUAAAUUUGCUUCUCAAUUCUUACUUUAAAGCGUCUGCAUCUGUGUCCAAAUUCAACCAACAUCAAAUCUUGACGAUUGUUUAGUUACAUCUUCCACAGGCCUGUACAAUUAAUCCGAUUAAUUGCGAUGAAAUAAUUGUCAACUAAUUCAGUAAUUGAUUAAUCAUUAAUUGGAGUAUGCAGACUUCAAAAAAUGGCCGAUUGUUGAAAUGAAAGAACAUUCUUAGAUAAGUAAAUAAACCAAACAUGUACAAAAAAUUCAUACAUUUUGCAUUUAAGUUAAAAUGAUUGAAUUAU